CCUCAGACUUGGAUUUCUUUCACCACUAUCUACUAUUUUGCAGCAGAACUUAUAGCUGCACGUCGCGCCGAAGUCCUUUUAAUUUCAAAACGGGAUUAGCUGAUAGAGCUGUCUACGUGGAUGCCAAUUUUAUUUAACAAGCGGUAAGUAAAUCCAUCGGGAAUUCAAGUCUUUUGCCGGAGGAUAAGUUUGUCUUUUUUUUAAACAUAACCAUCAUCUCUCUAUCACAUUCCCAGAGAUGCCCUUACUGAUCAUUUCCAUGCUUAUAGCUCACUGUAAUGGAUCUCAAUCAUCUCUCGAACCUUCCUUCUACCUCUACGUCGCAGAACUUCGUCAAUCAUUUGACCCCGGAAACUUUCUUGAACGCUAAUACAGCGCCGGAGGGGCUUCCUCCGUCGACUGUGAACGAAACUUCCAUGAAACGGAAACCUGGAAGGCCAAAAGGAAGUGGAAAGAAAGAUUCGAACUCCACGACACCACCCACAGCUAAUGGUAUCAAAAGACCAGUCGGACGACCUCGAAAGGAUGGCCUUCCUGCCGGAUCUGCAGGUCCUUCUCGUGCAAAGAGAAACGGUCUCUCAGAUGCCUCUGACGUUCCCUCCUUGUCAACAUCUAUGAACCAAUCUCGCUAUUCCAAUGGAACAGAAGCGCAGCAUGGCGAUAGGUCGACAAAACACUCGUCUCGUUCUACCAAUUUUCCUUUUAAUGACUGGGCGGAGCUAGCACGCUCCAAACCAACGAUGUUCCUGACAACCUUACUCGUUUCGUUGGCUUCCUUGCCACCUUUACAGUCGACGUCAACUCUCACCGUUGAAGAAGCGUUCAAGUCCCACCUCGUUUCACUCUCACCUUCCCCAUCUCAAGCCCAUCAUAUCCCUUCGUUGUACUCGAUAUUGAAAACGUUUUGGUUGCCAUCAUCACCUGCAUAUUUUUCCCUGACAGCCUCCACUUCGACGGCGCGAACACCAUCCGAUCACCGUUUCCUUUAUUGGGAUCCUCAGCCUCUCGUGUUCAAUGGCAUAUCAUGUCCCAAUUGUUCUUCUCCACUUCUGAAUCAAGGUCGCAUAAAAUCCGGACCUAUCAAAGUCUACGAUAUCGAACGUCCCUUCUUCAUCAUAGGUUGUGAAUAUGUUUGUAAAAGCGCCGUUUGCACAAAUGGAACCGGAGAGCCGAGAAAGUACUCCAGCACGGAUCCUUCCAUACUGAGGUCGCUACCCACGAAACUCAAAGAUGAGUUUCCCGCUCGUCUCAUUGGGGAGAACGAUUCAGGAUCUAGCCCAGAUGUUUGGAACUGGCAAGCCCUUGGCGUUUCAAAGUUACUCUGGAAUCUAGUAGGAGGUGCAUUGAAGGCCGGGUUGCAAAAGGAUGGCAUAAUUGACUUGCUAUGGACCGUGCAAAGAGGUUUACCCGGCGAAGAGGACAAAAAGAGUGACGACCAUGAAGAUACUAACCAUACUGGUUCAAUGACGAACGGUAAUGGACAGAGCACCGGUUCAUAUGCCAGAACCGUACAACAAUCCUCUGGGGGCUUUCCGGACGCGUACAACAAUGCAUGGAGGGCCAACACGGCUGUUGUGGAAUCUAGAGACGGGAAUAGGACAGCCGAUGUUACGGUAGUCCCGUCGUCUGCCCCAUCCACAACAAGUCCUUCUACUCAACCCACGGGAUCGGUAUACACCCAGCAGGCUUCGUACGGCUCCAGCGUUUAUUCGCAUGCACCCAACUUCGGUUCAUAUCAAUUCAACUCGCAUGACUUCCAGAGCGCAGCCUCUUCUCCAAGACUUCGGCCUUCCACAGGUGUUACUUCUAAACCUGCGAACAGCUCGUUAUCAACGGUCAGACCAAGCACUGUUGUGACACCUACGUCUGGGACUGCAACCCCAACGCCACCCAUUGGAACCAUAGCCGCUCUCGUAAAUGGCAAUUCCACGUUAAACGGAACCAACUCCCACAAUCCCCAUAACCCUCAUACCUCGCAUGCCUCUACAUCCAACUCUAUUCGUCCGGCCUCCACCGAACUCGGGAAACGUCCUUAUCCUUUCACACACCAGUCCGAUAACACUGAUUUUCAUCCAGGGUCCUCCAACCAAAUGACGGUACUAAGUGGCGAGUCGCCUCGAAAACGCAGUCCGCGACAUUGUUCGAAAUGUGGAUCACCGGAUUGUAAAGGGAAGGGUGGGCGUAAUUUUUGUAUGAAUCCGUGUAAAGAUUGUGGGAAGCUGGAGUGUCGAGGAAGGAAUAGCAGAAGGCCCGAUAAACCAUGCACAGAAGGAUGGCCCGAUAAUUGAUUUUUGAUAUCCGGAAGGACAACGAACUGGAUCCAUUUCCCGAACAACUGUAGUACAUAUAUCGUUCAUUGGGUGUAUUAUUAUCUUUACAGUUUGUAUACCUAUCAUGCUGAGUUGAUUCUGAUAAUAACCAGA